GUGGCGGUGGGCGGGUGCCCAGGAGCGGGCUCGCUGUUUGUAAAAAGGGAUCUCCGGGGCUGGCGGUGAGCACAGUAGGACAGGAAUGGCGCUGGGCAUGAUACCUGCAUGAGCGAGUCAGCGGGAUUUAAAGGGUGUUUACUGGGCGUCUUGGCUUCUAGUCACCGCCAAGUUUUGCAUUGCAUUGAUGUGCAGGAAGACUCGCAAGAUUUGCAUUUACAAAAUAAAGAAAAGGAGAGAGGGGGGCGGUGGAGAAGGAGGAAGGAUUCAAGGGGAAUAAAAGCAAAUCCCCCUCAUUAAUAGGAAAUGGAAACUUUCGGGUCAAUAGACAAGCAGCUUCGACUGGAGAAUCACAGCAGCCCAGUGGAUUAUUUGCACCAGAGGUACGCCAGUACUUACGAAAAUACUUUCAACUCGUGGAAUGAUUACUUGGGGUUGAGCACUCUGGUGGGGAAGGCUGUGAGUAAGGGGGGGAAGAGCGGACUGCACCCGGCCAGGGAACUGAAGCUGCAGUCCCGGGCACCGUGUAUCAGCCACUCCCUGGAGCUGCGGGGGCUAGGGUUCUGCUCCCACCACGACGCGCUGCUCGGCUCCGAGUUGGAAGGCAGCUUCAGCCCUUUCUCGGCUUACCCUGCGGCUGGGGAGCCCCUACCCCAUCAGCAGCAGCGCCUGGAGCGGGAGCAAGGGGGCGACUCGUCCUGGAACCGAGUAGAUGUGAUCAUGAUGGAGAACAGGAGCCACCUGCAACUUGCCCACUACCAGCAGCAGCCUCUCCCUCCAGCUCCUCCACCACCACCUCCGGCUGCUGCUGUCCACAGAACCUCCAGGGCUAAGGCCGAGCUGCAGAUCUGCGUCUUCUGCAGGAACAACAACGAGUCGGUCACCUUGUACACCACCCACAUCCUGAAGAGCCCUGAUGGCAGGGUGCUCUGCCCCAUCUUGAGGCGGUACACUUGCCCCUUGUGUGGUGCCAACGGGGACAACGCGCACACCAUCAAAUACUGCCCACUCUCCAAGCUACAGCCCAGUAUCCCAAAGGUGAAGACUAGAAACUGCGUUAGCAAGAGGGCCCGUUAAUAAGGAACUA